CCUAAACAUGACGGCAUCAGCGGCGUGUGAGUGCAAGGCGAAGUGCUUCGUGCUGCCCAAGUGCAGCGCUGCGUCGUAUGACAUUACGACGUCGGUGUGCAGCAUGACGUACGACGCUCCUUGCAACGUCACGACAACAUUUGCUCCUGGCGUCAUCAGCCUCUUCAAGUUCGUUAUUCAAGAAGCGUUCAUCACCAAAGGCAAAACCUUCAACGGAUCUCCCGACAACCUGAAGAAGAUGUGCGGUGCAGAAGGCGGGGUUCCGCUCAUCAUCAACACCAAGCAACUGCUUCGAGAAGCUAGGCAGCUCGUCGCUGACCAUGGAAAAUAGGUAAUAUGGGG